AUGGCUCAAGUCGUAUCUGGCGAAAGGCUGCGGGGGACAGCACAAGAGGUGCUGGGAGUUGUGGUCUAUCCUGGAACAGAAAUCAUGACGGACGUCGCCGAUGUUCACUUGAAGCAUGCAGGGAAGCACACGCUCGUGCCACAGCCCUCGAAUGAUCCUAACGAUCCGCUGAACUGGAGUCGAGCGUGGAAGUGGCUCACCAUGAGCUCCAUGGCGCUUUGCACCUUCAACUAUGGCGUCGGUCCGUUGUCUCUGGCUCCUCAGGUGCCUUACUAUAUGAAGGACUUUGAUUCGUCGCUGCCAGCAGUCAUCAACUUUGUUGGCGUCUCGAUCCUGAUCCUGGGAUUCACGAACUUCAUUUGGGUGCCAUUGUCCCGUGGCCUGGGCAGGCGGCCAGUUGCAAUCAUAACCACGCUCAUCACCAUGGCUUCGUGCAUUUGGAGAGCCAGAGCUACCACUUACAACUCGUUCCUCGGUGCCUCUAUCCUUUGUGGUAUUGGUGCUUCGCCUGGUGAAACUCUAGGCCCAAUUAUUAUCGCUGACAUCUCAUUUCUCCACGAACUGAUUGGACCGAUCCUGGCUGGCGUCACUUCCCAAGACUACGGCUGGCAGAGUUUCUGGUGGGUCACCACUGCCAUCUCAGCCUUCACCAUCGUAUGGAUCAUGUUCUUCUUGCCUGAGACGAAGUGGGACCGGAGAGGUUCCUCCACGCCGAGCGGCGAUGUACCAACCCCAACCAGCGAUUCGUCCUUGAAGGAGGACACGAUGGUCACCAAGACAGAGAAGAUUGAUGGAGUUGAGCAAGCCCGUUCAACAGCCCCAUACAACGACGAUCCCUAUGAAGAAUGCAGUUCGGGCAAGCCGAACAAAACCCAAAUGCUGCCCCUCGUAGGAUGGAAAGCGCAUGAGCCUGUAUUGGAGGCUCUCAUCCUGCCCUUCAAGCUAGCACGAUUCCCUAUCGUUCUCUGGGGCGCCCUUCAGUUUAUGCUUUCCGCAUCCUGCUAUCUCAUGAUCAACCUCAUACAGUCACAAGCCCUUGGCGCUCCCCCAUACAAUUUCAGUCCUGCAAACGUCGGUUACACGAACCUGGCUUUCUUUGUCGGUGUUUGCAUCUCGCUUCUCACGGCUGGUCCGCUCAGUGACUGGGUCUCUCAACGAGCGACCACCCGCAACAAUGGCGUCCGAGAGCCUGAGAUGCGUUUACCGGCUCUGUUGCCUUUCGCUGUUUGCACCAUCAUUGGGUCCGUUCUCCUCAGCGUCGGGUUCCAGCACGGAUGGCCUUGGGAAGUAGUCGUUAUAGUCGGCUUUACCCUCAUUGGUAUCCAGGUCGCCGCUGUGUCAGGCAUCGCCAUCACCUACGUUGUCGAUUGUUACAAACCCGCCGCGGGCGAAUUUCUUGUCUGUGCCACCGUUUUCAAGAACGUGUGGGGUUAUGGAAUGAGUAAAUUCCUCAAUGACUGGAUUGUGGAAAUUGGUUAUGUCGGUCCCCUUAUGACUAUCGCUGCUUUGAGUCUUGGCUGUAUGCUUUUCGGCGCAGUGCCUUUGUACUUUUAUGGAAAGAAGCUGAGGGGGUGGUCGGCAGGUAGUUCGGUUCAUAAUGCUUCUUGA